AUGCUUUUGUCAAAAAUUUAUAGUUCAGCUGUACAUAAACCAACUGGGCAAAAAGUUGCCAUUAAAAAAAUAACUCCUUUUGAUCAUUCCAUGUUUUGUUUACGUACACUUCGAGAAAUAAAGCUUUUAAGAUAUUUUAAUCACGAAAAUAUUAUUGCUAUCUUAGAUAUUGUAAAGCCAGUAAGUUUUGAGAAAUUUACUGAAGU